CCGGCCGCGCCCCCGCAGCCCCAUGGAGCGGCCCCGCUGCCCGCGCUGAAGGCAUCCCCGACCCGCCCGCAGCGGCAGCCGCGGAGGGAAGAGGUCACGGAGUUGAUGCGGAGCUGCUGGGAGUCGGGAUCUGGCCGGACCACAAUGCCCUGCCCUGCCCCUGGCCUUGGGAAGCUGUGAGCUUGCUCAUGUCCAUAAGGAGGAAGGAUGGCUCAUGGAAUUCCUUCACAAGGCAAAGUUACCGUAACGGUGGAUGAGUACAGCUCCAACCCCACGCAGGCGUUCACGCACUACAACAUCAACCAGAGCCGCUUCCAGCCUCCCCACGUGCAUAUGGUCGACCCUAUCCCAUAUGACACUCCAAAGCCAGCGGGCCACACGCGCUUCGUCUGCGUCUCGGACACGCACUCCAGAACAGAUGGCAUCCAGAUGCCCUACGGGGACAUCCUGCUCCACACGGGCGACUUCACCGAGCUGGGGCUGCCCUCUGAGGUUAAGAAGUUUAAUGACUGGUUAGGAAACCUACCAUAUGAAUAUAAAAUAGUGAUUGCUGGGAAUCAUGAACUGACAUUUGAUAAGGAAUUCAUGGCAGACCUUGUUAAACAAGAUUACUACCGCUUUCCCUCUGUGUCCAAAUUGAAACCAGAGGACUUUGACAAUGUUCAGUCACUCCUGACAAAUAGUAUUUACUUACAAGAUUCAGAGGUAACAGUUAAAGGAUUCCGAAUAUAUGGUGCCCCGUGGACACCCUGGUUUAAUGGAUGGGGCUUUAAUCUACCCAGAGGUCAGUCUCUGCUAGACAAGUGGAACCUUAUUCCUGAGGGAAUUGAUAUACUAAUGACACACGGACCUCCCCUUGGUUUUCGAGACUGGGUUCCCAAGGAGCUGCAGAGAGUGGGCUGUGUGGAGCUGCUGAACACAGUGCAGAGGAGAGUCCGGCCCAAACUGCACGUCUUUGGUGGGAUUCAUGAAGGUUAUGGGAUCAUGACAGAUGGCUACACCACCUACAUCAACGCCUCCACGUGCACAGUCAGCUUCCAGCCCACCAACCCUCCCAUCAUCUUCGACCUUCCCACCCCUCAAGGAUCCUGAAGCACUACUGGGGAAGGUCUAUAAACUGCCAUUUUCUAACUUCAAAACUUACCUUCAUGUUUAUUUCAAAAUAGG